CGCGGUUCUAUAAGGAGUUGAGCUUCGGUAGCCGGGGAGCUGGAGGGGAACCUGAUUUGAGAUCAAUUCUUGGAGAACACAAAGAAGUGUGGUGGUAUGUUCCAGGCACUGAUGUAUGAAAUCCCAAACGAAUUCUCCGAUGAACAUACUGCUAAUUGCUUCUCCACCUGCUCUCCAACCUCCUCCACCCCACCCCCUCCACUCCCAAUUCAGCCUCAUGCAGAUGAUGUGGAGAAGUGAGUGAGUGAGAAUAUUUCAAGGUUACGCUGAAGAGCAUACAGUGAACCUUAGUGCCUGGACCAACAGCUGCUGAAUUGAAUUGUCUGCAAUUAAAGCAACAGCAGGGUUGAACCAGCUGCCCUUUGACCCUGCCAACAACAACGAGCCCCUGCAGUUUGGCAGUACCAGUGGCCCUCUGGUCACAGAAAGCCUCAUUGAGAAUGGAGGGGAGUCAAGCAAGAAAAGAAAGAGAACAAAUGCUCCUUCAGAAAUGACUAGAGAGCUAAAUCCACGGUUCAGGACCACACAAUGCCAAGAAAUUUUAAAUGGCUAUGGGUCUAUGAAAUAGGCAUUGCAGCUGAUAAUAGUAGAACUCUGAAUGUGGAUUCCACUGCAAUGACACUACCCAUGUCUGAUCCAACUGCAUGGGCCACAGCAAUGAAUAAUCUUGGAAUGGCACCGCUGGGAAUUGCCGGACAACCAAUUUUACCUGACUUUGAUCCUGCUCUUGGAAUGAUGACUGGAAUUCCACCAAUAACUCCAAUGAUGCCUGGCCUGGGAAUAGUACCUCCUCCAAUUCCACCAGAUAUGCCAGUAGUAAAAGAGAUCAUACACUGUAAAAGCUGCACACUCUUCCCUCCAAAUCCAAAUCUUCCACCUCCUGCAACCCGAGAACGACCACCAGGAUGCAAAACAGUAUUUGUGGGCGGCCUGCCUGAAAACGGUACAGAGCCGAUCAUCGUGGAAGUGUUUGAGCAGUGUGGAGAGAUCAUUGCUAUUCGGAAGAGCAAAAAAAACUUUUGUCACAUUCGCUUUGCUGAGGAGUACAUGGUGGACAAAGCCCUUUAUCUUUCUGGUUACCGCAUUCGCCUGGGCUCUAGCACUGACAAAAAGGACACAGGUAGGCUUCAUGUUGAUUUUGCACAGGCUCGAGAUGACCUGUAUGAGUGGGAGUGCAAACAGCGUAUGCUUGCAAGAGAGGAACGCCACCGUAGAAGGAUGGAAGAAGAAAGGUUGCGCCCACCAUCCCCACCUCCAGUGGUCCACUAUUCAGACCAUGAAUGCAGCAUUGUUGCUGAAAAACUAAAAGAUGAUUCCAAAUUCUCAGAAGCCGUGCAGACCUUGCUUACCUGGAUUGAGCGAGGAGAGGUGAACCGUCGCAGCGCCAACAACUUCUAUUCCAUGAUCCAGUCGGCCAACAGCCACGUCCGCCGCCUAGUGAAUGAGAAAGCUGCCCAUGAGAAAGACAUGGAAGAAGCAAAGGAGAAGUUUAAGCAGGCCCUUUCUGGAAUUCUCAUUCAAUUUGAGCAGAUAGUAGCUGUGUACCAUUCUGCCUCCAAACAAAAGGCUUGGGACCACUUCACAAAAGCCCAGCGUAAAAACAUCAGCGUUUGGUGUAAACAAGCUGAGGAAAUUCGCAACAUACAUAAUGAUGAAUUAAUGGGAAUCAGGCGAGAAGAAGAAAUGGAGAUGUCUGAUGAUGAAAUAGAAGAAACAACAGAAACAAAAGAAACUGAGGAAUCAGCCUUAGUAUCACAGGCAGAAGCUCUGAAAGAAGAAAAUGACAGCCUCCGUUGGCAGCUUGAUGCCUACCGGAAUGAGGUGGAACUGCUAAAGCAAGAACAAGGCAAAGCCCACAGAGAAGAUGACCCAAACAAGGAACAGCAGCUGAAACUCCUGCAGCAAGCCCUGCAAGGAAUGCAACAGCAUCUACUCAAAGUCCAAGAGGAAUACAAACGGAAAGAAGCUGAACUUGAAAAAAUCAAAGAUGACAAGUUACAGGUGGAAAAAAUGUUGGAAAAUCUUAAAGAAAAGGAAAGCUGUGCCUCUAGACUGUGUGCAUCGAGCCAGGAUAGUGACUACCCUCUGGAGAAGACCCUGAACAGCUGUCCUAUCAAAUCUGAACGCGAAGCACUGCUAGUGGGGAUUAUCUCCACAUUCCUUCAUGUCCACCCAUUUGGAGCAAGCAUUGAAUAUAUCUGCUCCUACUUGCACCGUCUUGAUAAUAAGAUCUGUACCAGUGAUGUAGAAUGUCUCAUGAGCAGACUCCAGCAUACCUUCAAGCAGGAAAUGACUGGAGUUGGAGCCAGUCUGGAGAAGAGAUGGAAAUUCUGUGGCUUUGAGGGCUUGAAACUGACCUGAAUCCCUUUGCCUGACAACCUGGGAUCCUGAAAAUAAAUGUGUGUUGGACAAGCUUAGAAAGUGAUUUGUAUUUUCAAUGGUUUUCAAGUGGAAAUUGCUUUAAAUUUGUCAGUUCAUUCCUGGAAUAUCUUUUGACUUAAAAUAAGGAUCCUAGAGUAGCACCUCAAGCUACAGGCCCUGUAAAGAAAUUGACUCAAACCUCAAGUGCUGUAACUUCCUCCUUUUCUGUCAAUUGGUUGUCUCUUUUUAUUAGUAGUAUUUAAAAAGGCCUGAGGCUACAGAGUAUUUGGGGUGUUUUCAGUGUCUGUACUACUGUUGUAGACUUUAGUAUUUUUUAAACACUGUUAACUGAAAUGUUUUGAUGAUUUAUAUGUGAUUUGUGUUUCAGAACUUCUCUUCACAUUAAUGUUGCUACUGGUGAGAGGAAUGUGAGGAGCACUAGGGACUCCAUAACUGACAUUGUCUUUCCAAUUCCCAGUAGGCCAGUAAGUGAAUAACAUAUCAGUGUCUUCUAGAAGGUGCUUGACCAGGUUCACCUUUUAAAAGACAAAGCAUGGUUUGUGGCUUUUUACAAAAUUACUGUGAACGAAAAGUUGACAAAUGUUUCAAAGUUAUUUUCUCUAAUGUAUCAGAUAAAAGGUUUAUUUCAGAAUUUUUAAAAAACUAGAUGUAUUCACAGAAAGCAAGUGUCUAGUAUGACUGGCAUGUGUAUGUGGUAUUCAGAGUCACUUUGUAAAUAGCCUGCUUUUAAAGGAGGGCAUGUUUAGUUUUCUAUGAAUUAAAACACAUGUGUGUGCUCACACACACACACACACACACACACACACACACACACACAUUAGCAGAAGGGAUUUAUUUUGAUAUGCUUCCCCUCUGGUCUUCUUACAAAGUCUGGUGGUCCCUUUUCUUCUGCUGUCAGUGUGUUGAAUUGCAAACCAUGUACUGCUGUAAAUACUAUGUUUACGUCAUGCUGAAUGUCUGCAAAGAGUUGAUAUGAGUAUUAAUAGAAAAUUCCUGGUAAUGAAUAAAUAGUAGGCUAGGGUGUGUGAAGCUUUGCACAAAUAGGUCGGCUCCACCUAGAGUCCUGAGAACUGGCACUCCUCUAGUUCUGCGGUGCCCACCAGCAGAUUACAAUGGCAGAGUGUGCGUGGACCAGUCAGGAAGUCCUGGCUGAUGGAAAAGAAAUGGAAAGGAUGAGAACUGGGGACUAAUAUCCUGAGGCAGAGAUGGUCUUUUCUUCUGUGGUGUUGGUGGUGCUUGUAAUAACAUAAGCAUGCCCUCCCUUGAGUCUUGAUUGAAAAUAAGAGAAUGUACUAAGCAAAGCCAGUGAAGAGUAUUUCACAAAAAUACUUUGUAAAUCACAUGUCAGUAGUGUUCAAAGUUGUAUUUUUAAAAGAUAAAUAUUCCUUUUUUAUACCUCA